AUGGCGGAGCAAGAUCGAGUGGUGGAACUGGAGGAGUAUUUGAUCAGGUUCUCGAUCUGGGAGCUGGUGGUGGCUUUGGAGUUGGGAGUGGGAGGUGGCCAACGUGGCGGUGCUGGAGUAGUCACUGGUGCUGGUGGUUUUGGAAGCGGAAAAGGUGGUGUUGGAGCUGGCGGUGGCUUUGGACGCAGAGAGGGUAGGAGUGUUGGCGACGGCCUAGGAGGUGGCAAAGUGAUGGGGAGUGGUGGUGUUGGGGGAGAAGUUGGUGCCAGCAGUGCUAGUUUUGGUGGAGGCAUAGGAGGCGGCAAAGGAGGUGACGGAGGAGAAGAAUUCAAAUGCGGCAUUGGUGAUGGGAAAGGUGGUGGUAUGGAAGUAGAGGAGGAGGUGGUGCAGGUGGCGAUGCUAGUGGCGGGGGCGAGCCACGGUGGUGGAUCUUGGCUGUGA